AUCUGACCUAAAAUAUAGCAAUCUGACCUUACUGUACACUCUCGGAUUAUCUCCCUUAGAAGCUGACAAAAAAGACCUGGCCAUAUAAUCUUUGAUGUUCUGCUGAAGAAGUCCAGAGAGUAGGAUCAUGGACCAAAAUAUUGACAAAGUGGCAGACCAGAAUAGUGAUUCAGGAAAUGACCAGAAUGUUGGUGCUGCACCUGACGUGAAAGCAGAAGGUCCUGAGAUGAAAGAAAGUGGUAACAAAGUUGAAACAUUUAAAACUCCAAGUUUUGUUAUCCCAAGUAAGAAAAAAGUUCAGUCAAAUACAGAUGCAUCAGUUAUUUUCAAAAGUCCUGGAACGUUGCCACAGAAAAAUGAAGGUGAUGACGUAAAGAAAUCAGAAGCUACUGAACAAGUUGAAACUGAACCCGUGAAGUCUGAAAAGGAUCUCAAAGAAAUUACAAAAACAACACACACAAAAUAUGAAAACACCCAUGAGAAAUUCCCAUCAAAGAAAACAGUUGUUUUGUCACCUGCUGAACAGUUUAAACAAGCAAAUGCUUCUAUACCUUAUAAAGAACCAGCAUGGGGUGCUCUAUGUGAGGAAAAAUUUGCCUUAGAGGUAAUAAAAAAUGGUUCAGUGAUUGAUAAUAUAGACUUAACAAGUAAAACAUUUCAUGUUAUUGGAAGGUUACCAAGCUGUGACAUACCCAUGGAGCAUCCUUCACUUUCACGUCAUCAUGCAGUGAUACAAUAUUCCGGCGGGAAAUCCGAACAAUAUCCUGCAGGAUGGUACUUAUAUGAUCUGGACAGCACACACGGUACUUGGAUAAACAAGAAUAAAGUGCCAUCACAGAAGUUUCAUCAGAUUCAUGUGGACUAUGUCCUAAAGUUUGGUGGAUCAUCAAGGCUGUUUAUUUUACAAGGCCCAGAUACUGAUAGGGAAGAGGAAUCUGAAAUGUCACCAGCAGAAAUGAAAGAACAGCGGGAAAAGCAGAAGAAGGAGGCUGACUUACUAAGGCAGGCUGAGAUAGAGGAAGCAGAAAGGAAGGCGGAGCUACUGAAAAAGAGGGAGGAGUCAAAGGGAUGCUCGUGGGGUAUCGAUGACGAUGAAAUAGAAGAGGAAGAUGAGAACGCUGAAAAUCCAUUUGCUGCCAUAGAGCCUGAAAAUGAGGCUUUGUAUAUAAAUGAUCCAAAGAAGUCACUAAAUGGUUAUUUCGAGAGAGAGGGUUUAGAACUACCCGAAUAUGAGUUUCACGAGGCUGGGUUUGGUAAAUGGAAAUGUACGGUUGAACUUCCAAUUGAUGCUCCUUCUGGUGAACCAAUAGUGGCUGAGGUUAUAGUGUCUGGAAAGAAACGUGAGGCUGUCAUAGCAUGCGCUCUUGAAGCAUGCAGGAUAUUAGAUAGGCAUGGGGAAUUAAGAAAAUCAGCCCAGGAGAGUCGGAAACGAAAGCAGAGAAAUUGGGAAGAUGAUGACUUUUAUGACAGCGAUGAAGAUGUGUAUUUAGAUAGAACUGGAGCCAUUGAGAAAAAGAGAGAGCUAAGGAAAAAUAAAGUUGGCAAGACUGAUAAAGUAACUGAAACUUACGAUACUCUUGUAGAAAAACAUAAGAGUAUUAUUGCUGAAAUUGAGGAGAUUGAAGCAAAACUUGAACAAGCAAAGGCAGAGGCAGCUGCUAUGGAAAGUGAUGAUGUUGAUGCAUUAGAUGCAUACAUGAGUGCUAUAAAGUCGGGAAUGAUGGAUACAAAGACAAAAAUGAAGUUUAAACGACAGUUACUUGAAUUGAAACAAGAAGAACAAAAGGUAAGAAAGCUUGUUAACAUUGCUAAACCUGCUUCACUUCCUGAAAUUUCAAAUAAAAAUCUGAAGACAGAUGUCAAAAAACCAAGUGUGAUAGCAAGUGUUGGAAAAAUGAAAGGGCCAUUGCAUGGAAAAACUCACAAAAAGAUAGUGCCAGGGCCUAAACCUGAAAAAACUGAAGAAAAAUCCGAUGAAAGUGAAGAAGAAGAUGAUGAUGAUAAGAAUGAUAACCUUGCUAGUAAUAGUGGGGCAGUCAUUAAGGCAAAUGAGAAAGUGAGUGAAAUCAGCAGUAAAAAUGAUGUUGAAAUUAAAGUUGAAAAGAAACAUUCUGAUGAUCAGCCAAAAGUUAAGGGGCCAGCAUUGCCACCUGCUCAGGAAAAAACAAAACAAUUAGACCCAGUGAAACAAGAAGUUCAUUCAAAAUCAAGACUCAAAGGACCAUCGCUACCAUUGGCUGCUGUGCUUGAAAAAUUACAGGAGGAAAAUGCGGAAGAUGGUGAGAAUGAUGAAAACGAUAGUGAGAAUAAGACAAGAAAUAGUAACAAGAGAAAAUCAAAACAUUCUUCAACAGGCAGUAAAAAACUGAAAUCUGGCGAUAGUUACACAACUGAUGAUCCAGAUUAUGCUGUAUGGUUACCUCCUGAAAACCAAUCUGGUGAUGGAAAAACUCAUCUAAAUGCAAAAUUAGGAUACUGACAAGUGAUAAUUGGAACCAGACAAGAUCUUAUCUUAUUCCUUAAACUACUGAAUAUGUGUUAUACAUUUGCCAUGAUUUUUAAUUUUAAAAAUUUCCAUUUGAAAAGUAAAGGAGAUAAAUAUACAAAAAUUGAACAAGCAACAGGGCCUAUUCAGAUUGCACAGACAUGCAUGCCGGUCUGGCUCUAUACUGGUAUCAGGCCAAACUGCAGGUCUUGCAUGGUAACGGAUGGACGGUUUUAAUUAUGAAAAAAAGUAAUCCAACCUUUGGGAAAGAAAACAUCACAUUUUAAAAAAAAAGCCAUGAAGCAAGUCUUGAUUUCAGUAAUGAACCAUUCUGCUUGAAGGAAAAGGCUUGGUCACUCAAUUGAAAUCAGAAAAAAAAAGUUGGAAUUUAUUACAGGGCUGCCUUCCACUAAGGAUUUAUUUUAGGAAGUCAAGACUACCUAUCAAGGAAUUUAGGAAAUCAUGAGGAAAAUUUCUGAAAGUCUGUUGUUCUUUCGCGUAAAACUCAGUGAGACUUGGGCAUGUUCUUUGAAUGCAGUUUGAAAUAUUUUAUUUUAAUUUAUUUUUGGUUUACAGAAUGUGAGGAAAAGAUUGCAUUUCUCUCUCUACAAGCACAUCAAAUUAGGGAC